CCGCCCCAGCUUCCUACGGGCAGCGCCCAGGGCACGGCUCCCCCAAAUGCGCCUGGCGAGGGCGCGGGCUGGGAGUCGUGGCCUCGCGCGGAGCGGACCGGCUGGGUACGCCGCGGCCCGCGCAAGUGUGGACGCGGUGGAGACGGAGGGGUGAACGGCCGGGAUGUGCGCUCCAGGCGCGGUGUCCCUUUCCCUUCUGUGUUCCGUAGCGACUUGGGGUUUAAUUCAUUGCUCGAAGCUUCCGAGCCAGGAGAGCCCAGUUAACUCAUUUCCCCGGGACAGGAUUGGGGACCCUCGGUGACUAGCAGCUCCGGCGGCUGUCUUUCGCAUCCAUCGGGAAGGCGUGAUGUGCAGUGUCUGCAGCAAUGCCAAGUGACCACAGCCGUGUGAAGCUGAGAAGGGAUUGCUCACGGCCCUCCCUGCAAUGGUACACCAGAGCUCAGAACAAGAUGCGAAGACCCAGCUUGUUGCUAAAAGACAUCCUCAAGUGUACACUGCUUGUAUUUGGAGUGUGGAUCCUUUUUUAUAUCCUCAAGCUAAAUCAUACUACUGAAGAAUGUGACAUGAAAAGAAUGCCUUACAUGGAUCCCGAUCGCAUAAAGAGAGCCCAGCAGUACGCCCAGCAAGUCCUGCAGAAGGAGUGCCGGCCCCAGUUUGCCAAGAGGUCGAUGGCACAGCUCUUUGGGAGCAGGUACAGCUUGGACCUGCCACCGUUCGUGACGAAGGUCUCCGCAGAGAGUGAAGCCGAGUACAAGUACGACCCUCCUUUCGGAUUCCGCAAGUUCUCUGGGAAAGUCCAGACCCUCUUGGAACUCUUGCCAGAGCAUGACUUUCCUGAACACUUGAGAGCCAAGAGCUGCAAGCGUUGUGUGGUCAUCGGAAGCGGCGGGAUCCUCCAUGGACUGGCGCUGGGCCAUGCCCUGAACCAGUUUGAUGUCGUGAUACGGUUAAACAACGCACCUGUUGAAGGAUAUUCGGAGCAUGUUGGCAAUAAAACUACUAUAAGGAUGACUUAUCCAGAAGGUGCACCUCUGUCUGACCUUGAAUAUUAUUCCAGUGACUUGUUUGUUGCUGUUUUAUUUAAGAGUGUUGACUUCAACUGGCUUCAGGCAAUGGUCAAAAAUGAAACCCUGCCAUUUUGGGUGCGGCUCUUCUUUUGGAAGCAGGUGGCGGAAAAAAUCCCACUACAGCCGAAACAGUUCAGGAUUUUGAAUCCAGUUAUUAUCAAAGAGACUGCCUUUGAUAUCCUUCAAUACUCAGAGCCUCAGUCGAGGUUCUGGGGCCGCGAUAAGAAUGUCCCCACGAUUGGUGUCAUUGCCGUCGUCUUAGCCACACAUCUGUGCGAUGAAGUCAGUUUGGCGGGCUUUAGCUACGCCCUCAACCAACCCAGAACCCCUUUGCACUACUUCGACAACCUCUGCAUGGCUGCCAUGAACUUUCAGACCAUGCACAAUGUGACGACAGAGACCAGUUUCCUUCUGAAGCUGGUCCGAGAGGGCGUGGUGAGAGAUCUCAGCGGAGGCAUCCAUAGUGAAUUUUGAACCCAAAAAAACCUCACUUGAAAAUGCAGCUCCGGGGGACUUCCCUGGCCAUCCAGUGGUUAAGACUCUGUGCUUCCAAUGCUGGGGGCCCGGGUUCAAUCCCCAUUCUGGGAACUAAGAUCCCGCAUACUGUGAGGCACAGCCAAAAAAGAAAAAAUGCAGCUCUGACCCAGAGGGCUGUUUUUCACAGCCUUCUUGAUGAAUCUCAUCCUGCAAGUACUUUGAAGUGCAGCCAGUGUUUUUUAACUUUUAAUUUAAAAAACGAAAGCAACCACAAAAGUUCUGCUUUUCCCACUUUCUCCCCCUAUUUAUUUGAGGCCAGUGUUUUUGCACAAAAUUUUGUAAGUUAAUUUUGAGAAUGGGAAAGACUUUCCAAAGAGAAUUGUAUGUCAUGAUGUUUUAUUGUAUGGUAAGGAAGUUAUUUAAUUUGUAAAAGCUCUGUUCCUGUCUACUGCACACAGAAUCCCAGGUCAUUAAGUGGAAGAAGGGAGGUGACUCCUUUGAUGACAGUCCCGAAUGCCUGAUUCUGGUUCUGUUAGUCUGUUUGGUGGGACGAAUGUCGGACGUACUUUCAGGGUGACAUGCUCGGUAGUUAAACCACUGGUUGGGCCAAGCUAGUGCGUGAGGCCUGGGCCACUUGGAGAAUUCAUGGUCCCUCUCUCUUGAUCUGCCUUCCUCCAGAAGUCUUAGAGGAAGCAAGCAGGAGAAAUAUACCGGAGGCCCCUGGUCAGGGAGGGACACUGAGACACUCUCUGUGUCCUCUGUGUUCUGCAAAGCUGCCCUGGGUGGCAGAAGCCACGAUCUUCCCUGCAAUUAAGAUAACUCUUAGAUUUCUGGGAGUUUUUAACUUGUCCUUCCAAACACUUAAGUAUUCAUCCAAAUUAUUCCACAGUCUUCUCUGAGGUAGCUUAUAAAAAUUAGGACAAAACCUCUGUUCUCCAGAGUCAUAGGGGAGUAAACUCUUUCUAGGAAUGUUUUCGGAAACACUGAAAUGAAGUCUUCCCAGAGUUAUAAGUUGCCUAUUAAAAAAAAAUUUUUUUUUUGAAUGCCUAUUUGGCAGUACCAGGCAGUGUGUACCAGGUGUACCAGGCAGUGUGCCGGUCAAAAAAAAGAAUAAAAGCUUUUGAGGAACUCUUA